AUGGACGUCGUCGCCCCGGCGCCCUCCUCGCUCGCCGUCGACACCUCUAGAAUUCUUGAGCUACCGUCACAGCCGAUCCCUGUGCCCCCGUCCGACCCGAACCUUGCCCCCCUGACCGAGCCCACACCGCCAACCUCUGAGUCCGCACAGCAUGACCUGUUCCAGCUACCGCCUGCCGAGGCACUCCGACUUCUCAGCGCGAGCGUCGACCUACUCGUCAGCAUCACCGGCGACGUGCCCCCGACGCCGCCCCCGCGCAUGCCCACCGACCCCCAGAUGAGCGGCCUCCAGGCCGAGAAGGAGAACAUUGUGCGCUCGCACUCGGAGAAGAACCUGGCGCGCCUGCGCCAGCAGCAACAACAACACCAAGCAUCCUUCUCCCCCGUAACCGGAAAGCGGCCUUUUAGCGACGACGAUGCGUACCAGCGCGAGGGCAAGACGAAGCUGCAAGUCUACAGCGUGGCCAUGUCAACGACACUGGCCAACCAGGCGCCGCCAGACGACACCAACGCGGCCGCCGAGAUCGACGGGGUGAUGCUCAAACCCCACGCCGCGCGCCCGCCCUCACCACCACUAUCCCAGCCCUCGCCGUACCUCGUCCUCGGCGCCGACGCGCAGCCCCUCAACCUGCAGCACGGCGCCAUCACGCGCAAGUUCUACAGCAAGCGGGAGCCGCCCAUCAGCAUCGGCAGCUACCUCACCCGACUGCAGCAGUUCUGCCCGAUGAGCGCCGCCGUGUACCUCGCCGCCUCGCUGUACAUCCACCGGCUGGCUGUGCAGGAGCGCGCGCUGCCGGUGACGCGCCGCAACAUGCACCGGCUGGUGCUCGCGGGCCUGCGCGUGGCGACCAAGGCGCUCGAGGACCGCGCGCACCCGCACGCGCGGUUCGCGCGCGUCGGCGGCGUCAGCGAGACGGAGCUGGCAAGGCUGGAAGUCUCAUUUUGCUUCCUGGCGGGGUUCGAGCUGGUGGUGCGCGAGGAGGCGCUGCAGGCGCACUGGGACGAGCUGAGGGAGGGGAGGGCAGCGAGGGCGCUGCAGGGCGUAGAGGUGUCGGCGCUGCGGCUGGAUAGGAAGCCGCGCGAGGUGGUAGCCGGGAAAGCCUCAAAGACUGCCAUGCCUCAUGAUAAUUUACGAAGCCACCAGUUGGAGAAGGCCACCGCUUGGAGAAGUGUGGCUGGAGAGGGAAUUAAACGAGCCUUCAACCCAGAAACGAGCCUUCAACCCAGAAACGAGCCGUCAACCCAGAAACGAGCCGUCAACCCAGAAACGAGCCCUCAGCUCGAGGAAAAGCAGUCAUCUCCGGCAGAGCAACCAUCCCCGACAAGCUUGCAGUCCUCUUUCUCCCCUAAUUGCGACUUCUCCCCGCCGAACACGAUGGCCAAGAGGAAGAGUUCCCUCGCUCCAAACACGACGGUCAAGAAGGCCAAGUCCACCCCAGCAGCGUCGUCGUCAGCGGCGUCGUCUUCAGCUUCAGCAGAGGCGUCGUCUUCAGCUUCAGCAGCGGCGUCGCCAGCGUCACCGGCGGCGUCGCGAGCGUUGAGAUCGUCGUCGCGAACUUCGACAGCGCCGGCAGGGCCCUCGCGAGUUUCGACAGCGCCGUCAGUGUCAUCACAAGCUGUGGCAGCGCCGUCCGCCUCUCCACAAGCUUUGGCAGCGCCGUCAGCCUCAUCACAAGCUCUGGCAGCGCCGUCAAAGUCAGAGUCAGCGUCAGCGUCGUCGGAAACAAUCCCGGACGACCGUAAUCUCGGCUCCAAGGGCCUCUACUGGUUCUGCAACAAGAAAUUCUCCGACGUCAAGAUCCGGCUGGGCGAGUUCGAGCUCCCGGCACACCGACUGCAGCUCGCCGCAGAGAGCACUUACUUUGCCCGCGCCCUGUUGGGCAACUUUGAAGAGAGCAGGACGGGCGUCUUCCAGUUCAGCGAGGGAAGCCUGCAUGCGUACUGGCGCGCCUUCGAGUACAUGUACACGGGGGACUAUUUUGGCGAGCCCGCCAAGGAGCUCGCAGGAAUACCGGAUGACGAGGAACUGUUAAUCAAUGUGCGCGUGUGCGCGCUGGCCGAGUACUUUGGGAUCAAAGGCCUCGAUGAAUUCGCUGCGGAGGAGCUCAAGGGACAGCUGCAUGUUUACGCUGGGAAGUGGUUGGAACGAAACGAGGACGAGCCCAACAACACGCAACCCGGCAAUGCGCAGCGGGAAAACGCGCAGCGCGACACGACGCCCAACCAAAAACAAUGGGUCGAAUGCAUUCGCGAGGUCUACGCAUCAACGCCGGUGGGCAGCAAGAUGCGCUGGGUCGUCGCCGAGGUCACGUCAGAUUACCUGGACGAAUUGUGGCACAAGCCCCUGCAAGGCCUGGUACGGGAGGGGGGCGACUUCGCGAUCGACCUCAUCACGCAGGAGCUGCGUGAAGAUGACUAUGACAGUUAUGAGGACAGUGACGAGGACGGUGACGAUGACUUGAAUUCUGGUAGUGGCGCUGAACAAGGGGUCUACUAG